AUGCCGUACUGUAUUCUUACCGGUGAGAUUCCAGAUAGCAUUGGAAAACUUGCUGGUUUGCAGUUGUUGAGCUUGCCUGGCAACCAGUUUACAGGGAAAAUCCCCUCCUCCAUUGGCAACUUGACUCUGUUGAACACCCUUUACUUGUUUGAAAAUGGCUUAGAGGGUCCCAUACCUGCAAGCAUUGGGGAACUUCAGCAGCUAAGGCUCAUGGUACUUCGCAGCAAUAGGCUUAAUGGAAGCAUACCCAAAGAAGUGCUCAAACUCCCAUACCUAUCACAACAACUUGAUCUGUCUGACAACUACUUGGAAGGACCUGUUCCCCUUGAGGUUGGUAGCUUAAAGAACCUCAUGAGGUUGGCUAUUAAUGGGAACUUGUUGUCUGGUGAAAUCCCCACAACACUUGACCAAUGCCAGAGCAUGGAAUAUCUCUUUUUGGAUAACAACUUGUUUCAAGGAACCAUCCCUUCAGCACUAACUCAAAUGAAAGGACGUACAAUGCUAGGCCUCUCAAACAACAGAUUGUCAGGUGCCAUUCCUCCAUCAUUUAGCAACCUAAGAGGCCUGCAAACGAUGGAUCUUUCAAACAAUAACUUGUCAGGGUCCAUCCCAGAGUCUUUACAAGACCUCCGUUCAUUGAUCUACUUGAACCUAACUAACAACCAGCUGACAGGCAAAGUACCAGUAAGAGGAGUAUUUGGAAAUUUCACUGGAAUUUCAAUCUUCGGAAACAAAGCCCUUUGUGGAGGCAUUUCACAACUUCACUUGCCUGCAUGCCCUAAGGAAGCAACUAAAAAGAGAAAAGAAAACCAUCUUUGGCUUAAAAUUUUCAUCCCAAUCAGUUCUUUUAUGCUUUUGUUUGCCUUACUUGCACUUGCCCAUCGGAAACAUAAGGCAAGAAAGGCAAGCUCAAUAAGGUCUCCACUGGAGGACAAAUAUCCUAGAAUCACUUAUGAAGAGUUGACAAAAAUAACAGAAGGUUUCUCUUCAGAAAAUCUCAUUGGAAGUGGAAGAUAUGGUUCUGUGUACAGAGGAAGCCUGGAUGAAGGAACAACUAUGGUGGCUGUGAAGGUAUUCAAACUUCAAGAAAGAGGUGCUUCCAAGAGUUUCUUAGCUGAAUGCAAUGCACUGAGAAGCAUCCGGCAUCGCAAUCUCAUCAAAAUCAUUACUUUGUGCUCAAGUGUUGAUCACCAAAGCAGAGAUUUCAAAGCUCUAGUCUUUGAAUACAUGCCUAAUGGGAAUUUAGAGACAUGGCUACACCAUGGAGACAACGAGCAUCAACAAUUGAAUCACCUAAGCCUAAUUCAAAGACUGAACAUAGCAAUUGGUGUAGCUGAUGCAUUGGAUUAUCUUCACCACAGCUGCCAGCCACCAGUCAUUCAUUGCGACCUAAAGCCGAGCAAUGUCCUCCGUGACAAUGACAUGAAUACUCACCUUGGUGACUUUGGGCUAGCGAAGUUACUCUCUGGAGGUGUGAGCAAAUCCUUACAGGAUUCAAGUAGCUCCAUUGCCAUCAAAGGAACAAUUGGAUAUGUGCCUCCAGAGUAUGGAGCAGGAGUCCAGGUAUCAACAUCCGGGGAUGUUUAUAGCUACGGUAUCAUUCUUUUGGAAAUCUUCACAGGAAAGAGACCUACAAAUGAUAUGUUCAAUGAGGGCAUGAGCCUUCGCAACUUCGUUGAGACAGGGAUUGCUUCAGGACAAUAUACUGAGAUCAUAGACCAAACAAUUCUUUCAGACAUAGAACUUGCUGAAGACAAUAGCAAUGAGCAGAUGAUGGGGAUGAAUGAAUGCUUAAUUUCAGUAUUGAAGGUUGGUCUUGAAUGCUCUGAUCCAACACCAAGGGAGAGAAUGAGUAUGAAUGAUGUUGCGAAAAAGAUGCAGACAAUCCGAAAUGCAUACCUCAGACUAUGA